GCCUUCUUGCUUGGAGGGAACUUUAACCAUCAAAACAAUAAACGCAGCUUUUCUGGAUCUGGGUUUCGGAUUUAAAUUCAACAUUAUUUAGGACUAUAAAGCUUCGAAAAACAUCUUAGCUAAAUAAUAGACGAUUAAACGAAUCGCCUGUUAUUUGUUAACUGAAUGCAUAACAAACUUAGCUAAACAUGUGUAUGCAUUGCGGAGUCGUUUCUGCAGAAUUAGCCCUAGUAGCUAACGUUGGUUGAAAGUUUUCCUCCGUUUUUGUAUUAGUUUCAUCAUGAUCUAAGCAGAGAGAUAUUGCAAAUAACAUAGUGUAGUGUUGUGYAAGCAAACAUCGGUGGUCAUGGAYUGCAGCAAGAAGAGCCUGGCAAGUCAGUUGUGCGUCGCGGUGAACGGUGGAGAUCCCAGAUCUGUGCAGCUAUUUCUUUCCAAGGGUGCAAACCCAAACCUGGUGGGUAGUAAAGGUGUGGCUGCAAUACACCUGGCUGUCGGCAAGGAAACAGAGAAGAACAUACGCUGCUUGAAAAUGUUACUGCAGCAUGGAUCUGACCCCAAUGUCAGAUCUUCUGAAGGCCUGACUCCUCUUCAUGUUGCUGCUCUUUGGGGAUGCUAUCAAAAUCUCAAGCUGCUCUUAAUGAAUGGAGGGAACCCAAAUUUAAAAGAUAAUGUAAGUCUUUACACUGUGUACGCAGACCAGACUGACACGUCCAGCUAUCCUGAAUCAGACUACAGUUUCAGUUCCCGCUCGUCCAUGAUCAGUGGUUUUGGUGAAGUCCCACUGAGCAGCACGAGGCGUUCAUCCUUUCUCAACUUGUCUAACAUGAACRGAAGACCAAGUUGCAGGGGAGUAUCAUUUAACGGGCCUUCUGUACUGUCGAGCACUCGCAUUUCUGYUGCAGGACCUGUAGCUACAACGGCAGCUCCAGAAAAUGAUGUCUUAAGUCGUGACGAUGCAUCAAUCACAGAAGAUAAUGAACAGGCGGCUUCAGCUAACGCUCCUUCAGAAUUUUUAUCCAGGCGAGCAAGUCGGAAGAGUGUUAGCUUUCGAAAUGUAGAUGACUAUUUCCCAGUUUUCAGCCCAGAAACCCCCAAACCAAACACUGCUGCUGACAUCAGCCAGCGCACAGACACUUUACCCUUUGACAUGUCUGAAUACUCAGACUUUCUAGAUUCUGAACGCUUGGCUACGGUUUUACCACAGCAGGGGAUCGACGUCACAUCACCGGACCAUGUAUUUGUCUUCUCUAGGGAAAGCAGUGAGAGCACAGAAGAGGAGCUAGAGAAAACAGUUAUCAGUCAGUGUGCUCUUGAACUCAGUGAUGAYGAACCAGAGGGGCAGAGCAACGAAGAACCACCAGUGAAUCCUUCUGUACAACAAGAGCAGACCCAUGUGGGCAGCAGCAGCAGCAGUGGGACUUGCAGCAGUCAUUACAGUAGCUGUGAAAGUGACCAUUACACCAGCUGUCUGGAUGCUCUUGUACCCCUAAGACAUCCUGUGUUCCCUCUUGUAGAGGAGGCUGAGUCUGAUACAAGGACCAAACAUGAUGCUACAAAUGAACUCAAAAAGGGAGAUAAAAAUAUGUUAAGAGUUCAAGCAGAACCCAACAGAGAAUCUGAAACUGUACAGCCUUUAUCAGGUUUGCUUGAUAAACUGACCCUAUGUGAAAAACAACAUGAAGAGAUGAAUAUAUUGAAAGCUUCUAUUGGUUCUUUUUUAAGCACUGCAAGAAAACUUGAUGGGGUCAGGCAAGAUGUUGAGUCRUCAGAAGAAAAUUGUGGACUUCAAUUUACACCCAGUCCUUUUGUGACCGGCAGGACGCGUUCUAGAUUGAGCCGCUGCUCAAUGAGAACAAGCAGAAACCCUGAGAGCCUGUUAACCACAUCUUCUUUAUUUGACGAUACGCUGCCAAUGCCAGUUCGAAUGUUUCGGCAGACGCCAAGGUGUCAGAGCAGUGGGCAUGGAUUCAACUCGCCUUACACACCUAGUUAUAUGUCACGCCACUUGGAGAGGUGCAUUGAAAGAGACUUGCUACCCAAGGACAGCCAAGACCCCCAGUCCAGCACUCUUACAAGUCCAAGUGUCAGCAAUAGCCAAGCUGAUACUCUUAUUCUACACAACAGCGAAACUGAUUCUGUUGAGGGAUCACAGUCUUUGAAUGACACAGUCAUAUUAGACAAGAACCAGGACGACUCGGUCGCUGCUUAUGAAAAAAAUUUUGCGGAGAUUAUUCUCGCCAUAAGAGGACAGAACAGGCAUCUUCCUGAGGAUGAGGAAUUUCUAACGGAGGAUCUUACUGGUUCGGAUGAGGCAAAAGUAGCCAAUCUGGCAGCUGAAGAUCAGGUAGAUGAUUUUAAAAACGAUGACUGUUGGAUUACUGAAGACUACGGCUCAGAGUCCAACUCUGCGUCCUCUUCGUCCACCUCCAGCUGUUUUUCUCCAAGGACAUCCACGGAGGACACUGACCCUCCAAAUACUCCAGGUACCGGAUGCACCCCGAGAUACAGCAUGAGCCGGCUGUCGAGCCGUCGGCCRCAGCGCCUGGCAGACCUGUCUUUCACUCCUGGGGGGCGUCCAGUAAUCCAGAACCUKGAUGAACCAGUGGAGUAUCUCUACACUGACACAGAGCAGGGCCACAAGCUCAUUGAGACACAUGUCCCACCUACGUCAGACACCUCACUCAGCUCCGGCACAAGUACCAGCAUCAGCGACGAGACCGUUUURUACGACUGGCGAGCUUUGCAAGCUGAAACAAAGAGCAGCGAAGGGAAAGAGAACCUACAGCCUGAGUUGCGGGCUCAGAAAAAGGARGAUGAUAAAUCUGAGUGCAGACUGCUGCCAGAAACCAGAGGAAUGACUGACAGGGAGCUGAGACUGAGGCUGGUGGAACUGGGAGAGAGCCCCGGUCCUAUCAGCAGCCGCACCAGGCCGACUUACCUGAGGAAGCUCUGCCGACUGUUGCAAGAGGAAAACUGCAACAUGCAGAAUGACAACAAGCAGUCCGACCAACGGCAGAAAGCUUUAGGGUAUAGUCCAGAUCUCUGUCGGGUCCUGAAGACUUUCCAGCUGCCCAACUCCCAUCCUGACGAGCAGUCUCUGUGCCAGCAGUUUGACCAACCGGAUCAAAACAGGAAGUGGAGGGAGGGCAUCAUCAAGUCCAGCUUUAACUAUCUUCUUCUUGACCCGAGAGUGACAAAGAACCUCCCGUUCCGCAGUCACACCAUGACUCCUCAGGAAUGUUUCCAGACUUUCAUCCAUGCCAUAUUUUAUGUGGGCAAAGGAAAACGCUCCCGCCCCUACAGUCACCUGUAUGAAGCUUUAGAGUACUACCGAGGGGAGAAGACCGCCAAGAAACUCUGCCCAAAAGUGCAGCACAUUCUCCAGGUGUGGACCGCCGGACAGGGAGUCAUCUCUCUGCACUGCUUUCAGAACGUCAUUCCUGUGGAAGCGUACACAAGAGAGGCCUGCAUGGUGGAGGCCAUCGGGCUAAAGAUGCUGACCAAUCAGAAGCGAGGAGAUUUCUAUGGCGUGGUGUCAAACUGGGAGCUAAAGAGGAAACGGGAGCUCGGGAUCCACCUGCUAUACCGAGCCAUGCAGAUCUUCCUGGCUGAGGGUGAGAGACAGCUCAGACCAGCAGACAUAAGGCAGUAAAGACCCCCUACAGUUGUGUACAAUUGUGGGAGGCACCAUUAGCUGCAAAACACCAACAAUGGUGGAGUGAAAUACSGCUAUACUGAUGGACAUCAGCCACAUGAGCCGCUUUAAGCUCUUUAUCAGGGAUGGUUCUUUCUUCUAACACCGAUACAGUUUUCUUUUUUUUAAUGCAGCCUGAACAUACAGUUAAUCCUUAUGCAGACAACUGUACAAUGGAUUUUUAGAGUUCACUGUCAGUUUUAAUAAGUAAGCUAUUUAUACAUUUUCAGUGGAUAUUCUCCGUGGAAUUUGAGAAACAAUAACUUUGUCUUAGCUUCUUAUGACAUGUGAACAAAACAGUAAAU